GUGAAAAUAGCAAAGGCCAUGGGGCACCAUGUGACUGUCAUAAGCUCUUCGGAUAAGAAGAGAGAGGAGGCUUUGGAGCAUCUUGGGGCUGACGAUUACCUGGUCAGCUCCGAUUCCACUCGGAUGCAGGAAGUCGCUGACUCGCUCGACUAUAUCAUUGACACUGUGCCUGUUUUUCACCCUCUUGAGCCUUACCUUUCUUUGUUGAGGCUGGAUGGAAAGUUGAUCUUGAUGGGUGUCAUCAAUACUCCUCUGCAGUUUCUCACCCCCGUCGUUAUGCUUGGGAGAAAGACAAUCACAGGGAGCUUUGUAGGGAGCAUAAAGGAAACAGAGGAGAUGCUCGAGUUCUGCAAAGAGAAAGGCCUGAGUUCCAUGAUUGAGGUUGUGAAGAUGGAUUACGUUAACAAAGCCCUUGAAAGGUUGGAGAAGAAUGAUGUAAGAUACAGAUUCGUAGUGGAUGUUGCAGGAAGCAAUCUUGAUGAUGAGUGAAAACCAAAACACCCAUCACAACCCAUACCCUAUACUGUAAUUUCAGCUUCGUUUGAGUGAUGAGUUUCAAUGUGUUUUCUCCGGUGGAGUUUUCUGAAGGAUUGAAAGUGAUGUUUUGUGUUUCCAAUCUAAUUUCCCAAUGAUUAUGCGAUGUGAUGAAAUAUGGGGGUUAGUUUCCUUGUAGGUGUGUCAUCAAUUUCCUAUCACAUAUUAAUUUCUCUACAAAUACUAUUUAUCGUAAUACAAUUCAAUAUAAUAAACAUGUAACGCCAAUUCCUGUCUUC